AUGGAGCAUAUCGCGAGGUUCUUCUUCGGGGUCUCUGGCAAUGUUAUCGCUCUGUUCCUCUUCCUGUCGCCGGUCGUCACCUUCUGGAGGAUCAUCAAGAGGAAGUCGACGGAGGACUUCUCCGGCGUGCCAUACAACAUGACGCUGCUCAACUGCCUCCUAUCCGCAUGGUACGGGCUGCCGUUCGUGUCCCCGAACAACAUCCUGGUGACGACGAUCAACGGCGCGGGGUCGGUGAUCGAGGCCAUCUACGUGGUCAUCUUCCUCAUCUUCGCGGAGCGCAAGGCCAAGAUCCGGAUGCUGGGCCUCCUCAGCGUGGUCACCACCAUCUUCGCCACGGUGGUGCUGGUGUCGCUGCUGGCGCUGCACGGCAGGGCCCGCACCGUCUUCUGCGGCCUCGCCGCCACCGUCUUCUCCAUCUGCAUGUACGCCUCGCCGCUCUCCAUCAUGAGGUUGGUGAUCAAGACCAAGAGCGUGGAGUACAUGCCGUUCCUGCUGUCCCUGUCCGUGUUCCUCUGCGGCACCUCCUGGUUCAUCUACGGCCUGCUCGGCCUCGACCCCUUCAUCUACAUCCCCAACGGGUGCGGGAGCUUCCUGGGCCUGAUGCAGCUCAUCCUCUACGCCAUCUACCGGAAGAACAAGGGCCCCGCCGCCGGCGCCGUGCCGGCCGGCAAAGGGGAGGACGCCGGCGACGAGGCCGACGAGGUGGAGGACGCCAAGAAGGCGGCCGCCGCGGUGGAGAUGGGCGAGGCCAAGAUCAAGGUCGCCGACACCGCCGUCGACGUCGACGAGCAGUCCGUCGACAAGGUCGCCGCCCAGGUGUAG